UCAUCGAUCGAGCAGUAACCAGUAACAUGGUCAUGGAGGCGGUGGCUGCUGCCUCCCCGUCGCUUGGACUUGGAGCCUCCUUGCCCACCUCCUCCUCCAUUGUCCUCCAACUUAUACUGCUCAUGGUGGUGCUAGUGUACCUCGUCGUCCAAACCCUCGUGCCGCAGCGAAAGAGCACGUGUACCGCGCCGCUCCCGCCAGGGCCCACGCCGUGGCCCGUCGUCGGCAACCUCCCGGAGAUGUUGCUCAGCGGCAAGCCUGCGUUCCAGUGGAUCCACCACGUUCUAGAGAGGACGGGCAGCGGCAUCGCAUGUGUGAAGCUAGGCGGCGUCCAUGUCAUCCCCAUCACCUGCCCCAAUAUCGCAUGCGAGGUGCUCAAGAGGCAGGACACCAACUUCGCCUCCCGGCCGCUGACCUUCGCCUCUGAGACAUUCAGCAGAGGCUACAUGGGCGCCAUAAUGUCCCCCUACGGCGACCAGUGGAGGAAGAUGCGACGCGUGCUCUCCUCCGAGAUCGUCUGCCCCUCCCGUCACAAGUGGCUCCACGACAAGCGCGCCGACGAGGCCAACAACCUCACCAGCUACGUCUACAACCUCGCCGGAGCGGGGUCCGGCGGCGCCGCCGUCGACGUCAGGCAUGUGGCACGACACUACUGCGCAAACGUCGUCCGCCGCCUCGUCUUCGGCACGCGCUACUUCGGCGAGCCGCAGCCCGACGGCGGGCCUGGCCCGCUGGAGGUGCAGCACGUGGACGCAGUCUUCGCCUGCCUGGGGCUCCUCUACGCCUUCUGCUUUUCAUGCGUCUCCGACUACCUGCCAUGGCUGCUGGGCCUCGACCUCGACGGCCACGAGAAGAUGGUCAGGGAGGCCAUCGAGAUGAUGACCAGGCUGCCCGACGUGUUGAUCGACGAGCGUUGGAGGCAGUGGAAGAGCGGAGAGAAGCAGGGGCUCGAGGACUUCCUCGACGUGCUCAUAACCCUUGAGGAUGCCAAGGCCAAGCCGGUGCUCACCAUCGAGGAGGUCAAAGCUCUGUCGCAGGACAUCACGUUCGCGGCUAUGGACAACCCGUCCAAUGCGGUGGAGUGGGCUCUAGCCGAAAUGGUGAACAUCCCGGACAUGCUGAAGAAGGCGGUGGAGGAGAUCGACGGCGUCGUCGGCCGGGACCGGCUAGUGCAGGAGUCCGACAUCCCGCGGCUCAACUACCUCAAGGCCUGCAUCCGCGAGGUGUUCCGCCUCCACCCCGUCGUGCCGUUCAACGUACCCCACGUUUCGCUCGUCGACGCCACCGUUGCCGGCUACCACAUCCCCAAGGGAAGCCACGUCAUCCUUAGCCGCAUUGGCCUCGGCCGCAACCCUGCCGUUUGGGACGACCCACUCCGCUUCAAUCCCGACCGCCACAUCGCUGCGGAUCCGACGAUGAUGGUGGAUGUCACGCUCUCCGAGAACGACCUGCGGAUCAUCUCUUUCAGCACCGGUCGCCGCAGCUGCAUCGCCACCUCGCUCGGUACAGCUAUGACCGUCAUGCUCUUUGCCAGGCUCUUGCAGGGUUUCUCCUGGAGAAAGCCGGCCGGGAUGGCGGCCGUCGAUCUCAGCGAGGGGAGACAUGACAUUUUCAUGGCAAAGCCGCUGGUGCUGCACGCCGAGCCACGGCUGCCGGCGCACCUCUACUCGGCUACCUCUAUGUAAUUCAUCCCUAGCUAGCUAGUUAAUAAGCACGUAGGUAGAACAUGGCACGUCUGGCUCAAUGCUGAUCAAGUUAUCACUGGUGAGCCCGGCCUACCGCCAUAGUUUGUGUUGUUAGUAAUCCUGCGCUUAUUUGGGUAUUAGUUUGGUGUUGAAUAAGCCAGCCCAGUGUCUUCAGGCUGAGCGCGUUUGUAUAUAUCUCUGUAUUGU